AUUCAAAAAUGGCGGCGUUGUUGUGCGCUUAAACCCUUGUUGCAAUUUACCGCCAACAGCGUUAUUUCCUGCAAGGAAAAUUGUCAAAAUGGUAGAAAAAAAAUAAUGAGAGAGCUAUUUUACCUAUUGCUUGUCUGCACUUCUGAUAGAUAUUGCUAAUUUAUCGACAAUUUCCUAUCUAAAAGCUUGCGCUCCUACUUCAGUCUGAGUAAAGUGGACCACAAACAUGCUUUGACAAUGUUGGUGAGAAGUGUACUUAAGGCACUAAGGGGUCAUCAUCAUCUUCGAUUGACGAAUACUUACAUUAGAUCCCAAAACUGUAGUUUUGAUGCGUUGAGUCCUUGUGUGUAUGUCAAAAACCUUCAGUCACAAAAUCUGAUAGACAAGUGGAUCUAUCGCUUAAAGAAAGAACGUGUGCCCGAAGCAGAAUUAUCGGUGAAGUUCAUCACAGAACAUGUCCUUGGCAAGGACAGAGCAGGGGUUUCUGGUGUCAAAGAAAACAGCCAGAAUUUAACUAGAGAAGAGAUCAAGAAAAUUAAUAAACUGUGUCGUCAGAGAUUACAAAGAGUUCCUGUUCAGUAUAUUAUUGGUGAAUGGGAAUUUCGCCAUUUGACAUUGUCAAUGGAACCACCUGUUUUCAUUCCAAGACCAGAGACUGAGGAACUAAUUGAUUUGGUGGCCGAACAUCAUGUUCAUGAUGAAACUGAAGGUGGUUCCUUCUCAUUCUUGGAAAUUGGGUGUGGAAGUGGAGCCAUAUGUUUGUCUAUAUUGACUGAGUUUUCCGAGGCUACAUGUGUAGCCAUUGACAAGAAUAAAGCGGCAGUUAACCUAACAAGGCACAAUGCAAACAGAUGCAAUGUAAGUGACAGGAUAGAAUUGCAUCAUGCCGAUGUUCAAUCUGUCCUACCGUUACUUGGGUCAAGAAAGUUCGAUGUCAUUAUCAGCAAUCCUCCUUAUAUUCCCGUAAAAGACAUGGCUCUGUUACAACCUGAAAUCUCCAGAUAUGAAGAUGAACAUGCUCUAUGCGGUGGACCUGAUGGGUUGGAUGUUGUUAAAGACAUUUUACGUGUAUCACCGAUGCUACUAAAGCCUACAAGACGCAGCUCGGUAUGGUUAGAGGUGGACAUUUCUCAUCCCAAGUUGAUCGAUGAAUGGAUCAGUGACAACGAUCUUGGGUUGAAAUACUCCGCAACUUUCAACGACUUCACACGAAGGCCAAGAUUUUGUCAUAUCACCCGAAAAUAACCAACUGCGUUACACUGCAACACGUGUCAAGGCCAGCGGUUUACUUUGUAAACUGGGCUGCAGGUGUUGGUUUUGAAACGGAAUGAGUUUACGGAAAGAAGAGUUCGCCCAGUUCAGCUCGGUGUGUCAUGAAACGUACGUUUAUGAACAUGGAGGAAGAGCGAAACACGUCUUUGCAAGUAUUACCCAAGGCAGAGGUGAAAGUCUGACAUUGGUCAUUCAAUCUAGCACGUUCCGUAAUGGUUUGACCCUUUUCACCCUAGCAUUAGUAUGCAUAUUCUCCAUACUGUUCUCUAUAAAUUUCCUAAGGUGCUGACAAGGAGAAUUUGUUUAACAAUCAAGAGCUUCUUUGGGUGGUAAUCAGCAUCUUUUCCUUGUGACCUUAAUGUGUGAUACAAGGGUGAUAUUUUGAAUUAGAUGCCAGUCACUCAUUGGUAUUAAAAAUAAAGCGCAUUACGAAUGCGUCGCUGUUCCAAACUCGAAGAUAUCACAACAUUUCUUCAGACCUAAGGAGUAAAUAACAAGAAGCCAAUGAAAAGUGGAAGUACAAAGGAAAUUAUUGUCUGAAGUGCAGAAACGCAACUUCCUAUGUAUAACUCUUGAUUGCUUUAAGUUUGAAUCUGAUUGGUUAGGAGGAUAGGGUGCCUUUUUUUUAGACCAAUCACAGAGCGAGGUAGGUAAAAACCGAUCACAUUCCUAGAUUACUUUCGAGACUCAAUGGAAAUAACUGCGGUUAACUCGUCCUAAGAGUAGCAGAUGAUGACAUAAGAGCCUGCUUAUAUGAUUAAUGAGAUAAGAGUUUGCUGAUGUGAUUAAAUCGACUAACUAAUUA